UGAUUGAUUGAUUGAGGGGACAAUGCCACUGAAUACUGAGCUAUCGUCUGUGGUUUCCCAGAGUCAGGGAAGGCCGUGGAGACGGGGGCCACCAGAUGGCAACACAGGUCUGGAAGAAAUUCAUCCGGUUUUACAUUCUGGCUGCUUCUUCCUUCACUAGCCUGCAGCUGUACUGGCCCCGCUGACCUAUGGAGAGAGACAAUGAGACGACAGUCACAGAUUUCAUCCUCCUGGGACUCUUCCCUGAGUUUAGACAUCCCAACUUCAUCAUCUCCUUCAUCCUCCUGGUCUACGCCGCUGCAUUCACGGGAAACGCCGUCCUGAUCCUCCUGAUCUGGGCAGACAUCCGGCUCCACACCCCCAUGUACUUCCUGCUCAGCCAGCUCUCCCUCGUCGGCCUGGCCUUCAUCUCCACCACCGUCCCCAAAAUGGCGGCCGACUUCUUCUCUGGGAAGCAGAACAUCUCAGUCAUCGCGUGUGGAACCCAGAUUUUCUUCUACUUCACCCUGGGGGGCGCCGAAUGCCUCCUCCUGACCUUCAUGUCCUACGACCGUUACGUGGCCGUCUGCCACCCGCUGCGUUACCCGGUCCUCGUGAACCCCAGAGUCUGCGUGCAGAUGGCGGUUGGAUCUUGGGCUGGGGGCGCCUUAAGCUCCCUAGUUCAAACUGUCUACACCAUGAAUCUUCCCUUCUGCGGCUCCAGGGAGAUCCACCAUUUCUUCUGUGAAGUUCCAGCCGUCCUGAGGCUCUCCUGCGAGGACACCUCGGCCUACGAGAUGUCAGUGUUUGUGACGUGCGUUGUGUUCCUGCUCAUCCCCUUCUCCCUCAUCGUGGCAUCCUACGCCCUCAUCUUCCUCUCCGUCCUGCGCAUGGACUCCCGGGAGGGACGGAAGAAAGCCCUGGCCACCUGCUCCUCACACCUCACCGUAGUCACCCUCUACUUCGGUCCAAACAUCUUCAUCUACAUGACGCCGGGCUCCUCCCACAGCCCCGAGCAGGACCAGGCCAUGUCUGUUUUCUGCACCAUCCUCACCCCGCUGCUGAACCCCCUCAUCUACAGCCUGAGGAACAAGGAGGUUGGGGGAGCCCUCAGGAAGGUACUGGGGCAGCAUCCAGUCUCCAAAUAGAAUGGACUCUGUGGCCUCUUGAUCAUCAUCCGCAGUGACAUUUAUUGAGCGCUUAGCUGUGCAGAGCGCUAUACUAAG